UUUUAUUAUGGAUUGUACCCGAUUUCAUUUGCUCAGGCUUCUUCUGUGCGUGGCAGAAGGAAGGUUCAAGGAUUCAGAGUUUUGUUCUGUUUUUAAUCCAGAAAAAUGUCCAGAUUUUACUGCACUUUUCAUCCAUGGGAAGAAAUCGUUGGAGUAUGUUCGGCUUGUUUGAGAGAGCGCCUGCUCAAUUUGACAAUGCCAAAACCAGGCAAUGAUCCACAGAGCUUCCCUGAUCUUAUGUCCUCCUGUGGCUGCAUCAGUAGUCGAAAGAGGAAAAAUGGCGGCAUUUAUUAUAAAGCGGACGAGAUUCGAGAUGGCGACCUGUGUAGCCAGAAUUGGUGGGAAGCAGGGCCGACUGAGAAGAAAGCGAGCAAGAUUUUCAAGUUCUCGGGUCUCAGAUCGCUGUUAGGGUUUUGGAAGAAGGACGCCAAAAAUAAGGCAGCUCAAGCUCAAUUUUCCCCGCAGCAGGAUCGAUCUGGAGAUGCACUGCAAGAAUUUUUAGAUGGAGAAGAGGGAAGGAAACCCUGGAUCUCGUCAUUGGCUGCCAUGAGUGGUGUUGGAAAUAGGAAGGCGGAGUUUGCUUCUGCAAGGCAGAGUGUUUCUGUGCGCAGAUCGACGGUCCAGCGAUCUGCAGUGAAAAGAUCAAUGUCUGAUUUUGGUAACGCCUCGUACUGUGGACAGGACGCUGGGAAGGUAUUAUUAUAUCAGUCCUCAGCAGAGUGUGUAAGUAGAUCAUGGUCUAUGUCCAGAAAUGCCCCAGGAAAGGCUGGAAUAAGCAAGAGAUUUGAGAACGACAACGACUGUCAUGGUAAUUAUUGGGCAGGGAAUUUCACCGGAGAAGCCAUGGAUGUUGAUGAAUUGUAACAGGCAGCUGUGGUCUAAAAAUUUGAAGUUGAUAUAGCAUAGCCAGCCAUAGGAGGUAAAGCAUCCUCUUUGUAUAUAUGAGAUGUUGUAUAUAUAUUUCUGUUAUAGAUUCUCUCUUAAACAGGGGAACUCGAUCAGGGCCAUUUUGUUUGCGCACCAGGUUUCUGCGGGCUUAGAUAUUAAACAUCUCUGUUUGUACUGUGUAAGAGUUUAUUUCACAUGACAGGCCUUGUAAUAUAGCUGUGCAAUGUAGCUUAAGAAGAAAUUUUGAGAAGAGCCCUUGUCUUCAGCAUGGUGUCAGCGCUCUUCUGUCUGUCUCAAGAUGAUUUCCUUUCCUCUCGCUGGCUUUAACCAUCUUUUCAAGAUAAAUGACCUUCACUGGCUUUGGCCAUCUUGUCGAGAUAAAUUCCCUUCACUGGCUUUGGCCAUUUUGUCAGUUAAUUCUGUCAUUUUCAUUUUUCUUUUUUCCAGAUUCAGUGCAGGCAAAUUUAAGAGUACUGGUUCUUCUCCACAUCUUAUGCUCGGUACUGGUUCCCCUCCUUCGAAAAAUGUGCGCUGUUUUGUGAAACAGGGGAAGCACUAAAAAUAGAGAAAUUAAAAAGAUAAAUUUGAUGAAA